AUGAAAGGCUACACUCUCCAACGCACCCAACACCUGUCCGACUGCGAGCCGCCCCGCUCUCCCAGUCACCCACCCUCUGCGUCCUCCACCCUGUCUCAUACCCCGUUUAUCCACCCAGCAGCCAUGGACCACUACGGAGCCCUGGACCCCCAUCACUUCUCUCCGUCACCCAUCCCGGUUGGCCUCCCGCCCGACUGCAUAAUGCCCCUCAACAACCAGCUGUCUUCCAGUAGCACCUUCCCCAGAAUUCACUACAACUCACACUUUGAUCAGGGUGAGUUCGGUUACUCUGCGGGGGACAGUAUCGGGGGAAUUGGUACAGGGACCCUGGGGACGUCCAUGUCCAUGGGAAUGGGUCUCGGAGUGGGACGAACUGCCAUGAUAAGUAGUGGAUCAGCGACGAUAUCUGGGGCAGGAAAGAUGAACCGUAUACCCCCCAACCUCCUGGACCAGUUCGAGAAACAGUUGCCAGGGCAACAGGACGGCUUCAGCACAUUACAGUUCCAUCGUAGCACUGCGGUGACAACAACGAAACAGCAACAACAACAACAACAGCGCACGGACAGUCCGGGAAAAAUACGCUAUUUAGUUCACUCUGUCCAGAAACUUUUUGCAAAAUCACAGUCGCUAGAAAAUUCUGCCAUCAAGGGUAACGUGAACGGCCGCAAUAGCAGAUCAUCAGAUAGUGACGACAAACAUCGUCGGAGCAAAAGCAAAGACCGCGCAAAGAGUGAAGGAACGGCUAAACGGAGGCCACGAUCGAAUAUGUCUGGAUACUGGAGCUCCGACGACUUGGACAGUGAUAUGAGUAACUAUAGAAACCCCAUGGCCAUGAUGACAUUGGGUCGGCAGGGGGUGGGAUCAGGGCCAGGGCCGGACAGCCAGGUGGCAUCCAGGUACAUCAUGCAGGGAUGCAGCACCAUCAGUGAGCACACGCUCAAAUCUUCAAAAAGUAACAGCGACCUGAAGCACCAGGCGCUCCCUGCACUCCCAGGACCGGGUGGAGGAGGUAGUAGAGGAAGAGUGAUGAUGUUUGAUGGGGACUUUAGUAAAGGGUCACCCUGGUCCACGCUCACGUUAGGGCCCACCAGGCAAGUAUGCCAGAAGGGUUCGGCCACCCUGGAUCGCACCCUACUGAAGUCAAAGUCAGUUCAACAGGACAUGGGCAGCAACUACCUACAGAUGCCCUCUACAGGUGAGUGGUUAGGAACUAUGGGGAGAAGUGGGCCAAUGGGUGAGAUCCCCUGCAGACGGAUGCGCAGCGGCAGUUAUGUGAAAGCCAUGGCCGACCUGGAGGACAGUGACGACUCCGAUGGCAGUCCCACACCCUCACCGAAAAUCGCCGCGCGGAGGCAGAGCUAUUUACGUGCAACACAGCAAUCACUCAGUGACCAAGCUCCUCCCCAUUCCCCACCCCUGAUCUUACCUCUAAUCCUGCCUCUCUCCAGCCAUCUGCUGGACUACUCAAUGCUGCAGGGGGAUCUGGAGGCUCUCUGGUCCCCCAUCCACAGCAUCACUACCCUACAGCAGAUUGGACGCUCUGUCAGUUGUCUUCCUUCUCUGCGAGAGUUCUCUGGGAAUCGUAGUCUGGAUAACCUGGACUGCAUCGGUGGCAGUUCUCCAUUCCCUAAUUGGGAUGAUGAUGACUUCAGUCAGGGCUACAGCACGCUUGGACGUGGUAGCUGCAUCAGUCAGGUACGAGACAUGGAGGUGAGCCAGCAUUAUGCAGACGAGUCAUGUUUUGAAGACAUGCAUCCUCACUCACGGUCUAUCGAGCCUCCUUAUAUGCCCAUGCCCACAUGCUUCCGAUCCCGUAGCCAUAGUUACCUGCGUGCCAUCCAGGCGGGCUGUUCUCAAGACGAUGACACGGCGUCAGUGGAUUCUGAUUCACCGCCACCCACAACUACAACAACCGUACGCACCUACAGUAACAGCACAGUCUCCACGUGUAGGACGACCUGCAAGAAGGUGGCUCCGCCCCCUGUGCCCCCCCGAACCACAUCCAAACCCUUCAUCUCUGUUACGGUGCAGAGCAGCACCGAGUCCGCCCAGGACUGCUACCCGGACAACCACGACCGCAAGAGUGAGGUCAACAGCCAAUCAGGACACAGCAACUCCUCAGACAGUCUCGACAGCACACGGGCCAACGGUCCGUCCAAAGGGUCGCAACCCCAGCACCCUGUAGCGGCGCUGCGUGAACCUCAGAUCCCUGCGGCCGUGGUGAUCUCUCCCAAUCCGCACCGUGAAUCCCAUAACGAGCAGGUGAAGGGGGAAGCCCUCACUGCGGACGAGCCCCCAAGAGAACCGGUUCCACGACGAAAACUGUCCUCCAUUGGAAUACAAGUGGAUUGUAUUCAGGAAAUCCAGACUAAAGUUGAGACACCCCCAUUGCCCAGAUUCCAGUCAAUUGGAGUUCAAGUGGAGGACGGCUGGACUUUCAGCCGCUCCGGUAUUAUGGCCUCUCGUCAAGAGACUGACUCGAACACGCAAGAUUUCUCUCUCACGUCUGUGACAACAUUCCCAUCCAAACACACCGAGAAGAAAGUCAUGGUCAACAGCACCAGCCAAUCAGUGGACUCGCCUCCCCUCGACAACGGUAACUAUGACGACGAUGUUGCCGUGACAACCAGCGGCCCCUCCCGACAGAUCCUGACCAAUCGCUCGACCACGCAGAGCAGCUCCUCUUCGUUCUCUGAGAGUUUAGACCCCGCCCUCGACCCCUCCUCAUUGCCGCCACCCGACCCCUGGCUGGAGAGCGGGAACGGGAUUGGGAACGGAGGCUCCGCCCAGCCGUUCUCAGGGACGAUGGGUGUGUCGGCGUGCCGACGGGAUGGUCAUUGGUUCCUGAAGCUCCUGCAGGCGGAGACUGGCAGGAUGGAGGGCUGGUGUAACCAGAUGGAGAAAGAGACCAAAGAACAUCAGCUGUCAGAGGAGGUGUUGGGUAAGGUGCGCAGUGCGGUGGGCAGUGCUCAACUCUUGAUGUCCCAGAAAUUUCAGCAAUUCAGAGGACUGUGUGAACAAAACCUAAAUGUGAACGCAAACCCAAGACCCACAGCUCAAGAUCUGGCGGGGUUUUGGGAUCUUCUGCAGCUCACGAUAGAAGAUAUCAGCCUCAAGUUUGACGAACUUUAUCAUCUUAAAUCUAAUGACUGGAAACUAGAUGGAGACUCGCCUGAGAAGAAGGAGAACCAGAAACCGGCUCCUCCAGUCCCCAAGAAACCUGGCAAGAGUAAACCGGCUCUGAGCCGCGAGAAGAGCAACGACACGGUCGACAAACAGAGACAGGAAGCUCGCAAGAGACUCAUGGCUGCCAAGAGAGCUCAAUCAGUCAAACAAAACUCUGCAACGGAGAGCACAGACAACAUCGAGAUCUACGUACCCGAAGCUCAGACGCGACUCUGAGGAAGAGAGAUCGUAGAGGAAGCAGAAAGAUGCUCAAGGGCUCGGUCAUUACACACUACACCUGAUCCAAUAUGAAACGCUGCUUUUGUCUUUUGGCGGCAACAUUUAAUAAAAAGAGUUAAGAGAGAGAGAGAGAGAGAGGGGGUGACUAAACAUUGAGUGCAAACGGGACUCAGCGGGAACGCCACUUUUUAAUAGACUGCCAAGGAAAACCUCACAAAGACUCUUUUAGCUGCAAUCAUUAAUUAAUAUUAUUAUAAUUAACAUUGAGAACUGCUAUUGAUAAUGAUAUUGUGUCCUAAAUUCUAUAUCAGAUUGUUUUAAAUGUGCUAAUAUUUUGGAUAAGAACUCCUCUAACAUCUAAACAAAUAGAAACACUCAUCUGUCCACCAUCAAUCAACGAAAGUCUUCCUAUGAAACACUGCGAAACAUUUGAUUGAUCAGUAUUUUUGUCUUGUUUUCCUGUAAAAAUAUCUACACAUCCUUAAAACAAGAUACACUUACUUGACAGAGAUAAAGUAAAAUUUCACAAGAUAAUAACAAAUAAAAAAUGUACCUAUUUUGGCAAAUGGAUUUUUGUUGUUUUAAGCACAAACUUCACUACAUUUUGUUAGAUUUAUACUUAAAAUAACUUUCCAUGUUUAGUACAAGUUUACGCUCAAUUAACAGCAUUUAUGACAUAAUGUUUAUUACCAAACAAAUUUAAACUCAUUCCUCCUUUAUUUAAUUAAAAAUGGAAAAAUUCACGAAAUAAGUAAGGCACUUCCAUAAAUGUUAAAAUACACACAGUUUCAAAAGCAUAGCCAUAAACAUUAUACGUGUAAACAUGACGUUUUUGUGUGCUAAAAUCGCUUGCUAAUCUUAUGACUACAUUUCAGAGAGACAUCGAAGCAAUCUUUAUUUACUAAUCUUUUAAAAAUACUAUUUAUUUAUUUUUUGCAUCCUGUGCUUAAUAUUACUUUAUUAAUGUAGUAAUAAAUGUAAUUAACAGAUUUCAAUUUCAUAACAAAUUUCCUUCAAAGUUAGUUGAGUAAUCUUUAACAUAAUUAAAUUUAAAAAAAGCUUAACAUUUUAACUACGUUUUAUUAAUUUAAUUUUAUUAAAGAUUACGCAAUUCAAUUUGAUGGAAAUUUGUUAUGAAAUUGGAAUGCGUAUAAAUCGGAGGAAAAAAAUGCUUAAAUAACGUACAUUUACCCUGUAAUCCCGGUAAGUAAUUUACUCACACUAAAAUCAUGUCGAACAGAAAUUGUAUCACACUUAAUCAUGUUAACACAUGUGGCAAUACUUUUGAAACUUUUACUUUAAUCCCGAUUUUUGCCUUUUUAUGUUUUUUAUUAACGAAGGACGAAAUGUUUGUGGUAAUCAACAUUAUGCCACAAAUGCUGUUGAUUGAGCUGAACAUGUAUUGAACCAGGAAGAUUCAUUUUAAACAACAAAAAUCCCCAUUGCCAAUAAGAAAUGUUAACUUAAUUCUACAUAUAUUCUAUAAAAACUAUUGUUUUUAUCUCACGCUAUUUUACUUUUUGUCAAGUAAAUUUAUCCAGUUUUAAAGAAUGCUAUUUUUACUGGAAAAUGAGACACAAAUACUGAUUUUUGGCCGUUUAGCGUUUGAUCUCUUUUUCAGCCAGUGAUGUUGUAAAAUCCCUCAUUUUUCAGUGUUUUUGUAUUGACGGAGAUUAACUGGAAAAGAAAGCGACACUAUCAGCUGUUGUUUGAUAAAUACACAUUCUGUUUUGUAAGAGGUCAGAUAGGGUGCUCUUCCAUUUCCUGUCACUUUUUAUGUGAUUACAAGUCAAGCGUUGUUGUAUGUUGAAUGAAAUAGUCGUACCUCAGUCACGUCUCCAGCUCAGGUCCUGAUUUCUUACCGUCGUUAAACUCUUCGAGUUCUCAAAAGCUCUUCAGUCAUGUUUUUGACCCUAAUAUUCCACAUAUUCCUGCUUUGUUUUAAGGAACAAAACCCCUAAUAUAAUAUUUUAUUCAAUGAAGUGCCUAUUAAUCAUCCUUGUAGGUAACGUUAAUACCUUUUGUAGCAAUAUCAAAAUAAUAGAAAAAAUCAAUAAUGACUCGCUUUCAGGGUCAACAAACUCCAAAACGUGCAGUCUAGUGACCUUUUGUGGUCAGUUUGGAUACUACAAUAAUUUUAGUAAUAAGAUGAAUAUUCUUCUUUCCAUUUUCAUAAUUUAUAGAUUUUCUGUAAAUAAUUCUAUCAGUUGCUUCUUAACAAAACUGCACCAAUCUUAACACGUACCUCUUGCCAAUGUUUUGCUUAUUUUGUAGACAAACUAUUAGUUUAAAUUGUCCAUUGAUUGAACCCUUGUGCGACCUUCGGGACAUUUUUGUCUUUUUCAUUUUAGUUUUUUCGAUCACUUUGACUGUUAAUGCCAACGGCAUAAAUUUUGCCAAAGGUGUGUCUUUUUGGGGGAAUUUUGAUAUUUCAACCUCAGUUCCUAUAAUACAUCUAUAAUACACAAAAUAGUCACACUCAGGACCUUCAGGACAAAAAUGUCCCCAUUGAAACCCAUUAAAACUGCAAUAUUUGAUCCCAGUGCCAUUAAAGCAUAAAAUCAUGAAUUCUAUGAUGAUAUGCUUUCAUUCCGGAGCCCUGGCUUCAGAAUUUAUAUUUUUAAUAUUUUCCACCAGAUGGCGCCAUUUCUCUCAUGUUUAGCCUAUGGAGCAAAUACAAGCUUUUCCCCUAUUUUCUGUUUGCUGUAUCAUUAAAAACAACAGUGGCAUUAUAUAAACAAACAUUUGGCAUUUAAAGGGUUAAAAUCCUGAAAAUGAAUGAAUAUUUGGUAGUUAUGAUCAGGACUGCUGUUGGUUUAAAAAAUUAACUCAUUGAAAGUGGAAAAUAAUAUUAAUAUAUAAUAUUAUUAUGGCAGUUUUUGGUGUGGACAUUUUUGUCCUCUAAGGACCUCUGAGAAACUUUAAGUUGACACACAAAGUUUAAUUAUUUGGAAAAUAUUUUUGAGAGGCAAAAAUAGACCUGAUACCCACUUUUUCCUGUGCAUUUUCACAACUUAAGUCACAACCACAGUCCCUACAAGAAUUUCAAAAACACAUUUUAUGCCCUCAAAUCUUGUGCGAGUUUAUUUAGCAUGUUUUAUCAAAUAAAAAAAGGCACAAAAGGUUUGUUCUAAACAUGGAAAAAACACUACAAAUCUUGCUGUUUUUGAAGGGUAUUUUGAGCUAAAAAGGAAGACAUCAUCUACAUUUACAUAUUAUAAUAUCAUUAUCAUUUUUUCAUUUUAUAAAAAUGAUCAAUUCUGUUGCCUUUUAACCAUUUUGUAACAUGCAGCCUACUUUGCAUGUGGUUUUAGUCUCAACCCAUUGGUCCAUUAUACAUUUACUGCACAUUUUCACUGAUUUUGCUACUAACUUUUUCCAAACUUGUGCAUUUUCUGUCAUGAUAUACACAUUUAUGAUUUGUCAUCAGCAGAUAUUUUAAAACCGGCUCCGUAUUCAGUGAAUACGAUAUUGAAGUGCCCUAACUACAUGGGCCAUGAAGAUGCCACAAAAUCUGCCCCCUUCACCCCACUGCAGUGAUUGGCUGCUAUUGUGUGUGUUUUGUGUUGGUCCGAUCACUGAUGGUGUGAAUUGGACUUUUCAGUUCUCAGCCGUUCCCAGUUGUUCUGUCCAUUUUUGGGGGGGAUUGGACCGUUAACACCUGCUUUAUGCAUUCACAGCCGUCUCAUAAUCAUUCAGAAGUGUUUCAAAUAUCUGAGAGCUCUGAAAACCAGUUCCACAAUCUAACUGGCAGGAUAAUGGACUUGGUAAAAGGAACAUAAAUUUGAGUUUAAGUUUAUUGGACUUUAGGUGAGAGUUUAGAAGCCAAGUUUAGGACCGUUUCACACAUUAGGAAAAUAUAUUUUGCUCCUUUCUUGUGGGAAACUCAAUUUGUUAAUGAUUUCCAAGCUGGUCACAAUUUUCCCCACACUCAAUUGAUGCUGGUAAACCUCACAAAACUCGAGAAGAUGUCCGGGUCAUAUUUUCAACACAAAAACCAAAAGAAAGAAAUUAUAUUUUAAUGCAUUUUGCAUUAAGAUUUUUGGCAUUGGACCAUUAUUUGCACACAUUUCUGCACCCCCCCCCCCCCCCCCCCCAAACUAUCAUAACUGCAUUCAAAAAAUAUUUUAGUCUAUUUUUAAGAUUUACACAUUUCAAUUUCAUAACUAAAUUCCAUCAAAUUGAAUUGUGUAAUGUUAAACAAAAUUAAAUUAAUAAAACUUAAAAUAUUUAGUUAUUUUAUUUUACUACAGAUUACUUUUCAAUUUGAUUGAUUUUUGUUAUGAAAUUGAAAUAUGUGAAUCUUAAAAUCAUAUUUUUGAGAUUGAAAUGAAACAAAUCAUUCUAAUUAUUGUAAUAGAACAAUAUAAUUUAAUUUGAAAUUAUUUAUAAAUCAAGGUAGUAUUUGUUGUACUACCCUUUAAUUUAUACUUAUUUAAGAAAAAAAGUAUUACAGUAAUUUUUAUUGUAAAAUGCAUAAAUUAUUACUGUAGUACAAUAAUGAAGGUCUAAUUAGAAUCCCCAUUGUGAAUAAUGUUCAUUUAAAUAAAUAAAUAAAUAUAAAAAAAAACAUUAAGUAAAAUGUCCAGAUGCAUUACAGUAAUGAAGAUUUGGGGAAUACUUGUAAAAUCUUGAAAAAUACACUUUUAUUUAUUUCUCUUUUGAUUUUGGGUGAAAUCUGACUAGGACAUGCUUAUUUUUUUAUUUUUUUUAUUUUUUUUUUGCGAGAUUCCCCCUUUCAGAUCAAUGAUAAUAAUCUUAAAAUUCAAAUAUUGUCAUUUUCAAGUUCCUGUAUUAUAAUCAUGAGCGUUGUUCACUAAAUGCCUCUACUAACAUUCAGUUUUACAUGUUCACCUGGUAUCGGUUACUGAAUUGUCAACAGAAAACCGCACAUUAUCAGUGUUUACAGAAUAGGAAUUCAGUAACGGGUGAUGGUGAAUUUGGACGAUCGAUGUGGUAAAGUGGCACAAAUGCCCAUUAAAAAAACUGCAUUUUUCUUGUCCGAUUCAUUAAGGUACUCAAAACUACAAACACGGAGUGAAUUUAUUAAAUUCAAUAGUGCAGCAACACAAAUGUCUGCAAAAAUGUACAAUAUCAGUCAAAAGUUUGGACACGCUUUGUGCUUCUCAUGACCUUACAUUUUUUUUUUUUUUUUUUUAACGCCUGAAAUUAGAUUGUUGAAAAAUAUUAAUUGUAUCUACAUAUGAAUUCCUUGACGAAACUAAAAUUGUAUGCAUCAUGUGAAUGAAUAUUAAAUAAAAGUACAUAUUCAUUAUAUAUAUAUAUAAUGAUAUUAUUUAACCCUCAGAGAACCAGCAUAGCAGAAUUUCCAGUAAUUAAACAAUAGCUUUUUUUAUUAUUAUUAUUAAAAAUGUUAUCACUUUAUCACAACUACUAUUUUUGGUGGGAAAAAGUUGCACAUUGAAUGUCACAGAUUGCUGAAGUCACAUAAUAGUCGCCUCAAAGCAAAAAUUUUAUAACCAGUGGCUUUGUAAAAACACAUUCAAGGAGAAAAACAUGAAAAUUUUAAAAGAAAAUGUCUUCAAUCUCUGUUUAUAUAUAUAUAUACAUGUGUGUGUGUGUGUGUGUGUGUGUGUGUGUAUAUAUAUGUGUGUGUGUAUAUAUAUAUAUAUAUAUAUAUAUAUAUAUAUAUACACAGACAAAAUAAAGUGUUAUUUCCUAAUUAUGAAUACUUUUAUUCUAAAAUGUGGAAAAUAGCAAUAGUUAACCCUGUAAAGCUUGACAUAUGAAAGAAUUCAGAAAAUUAAAAAAAAACAACAAAAAAAAAAUUACAUUGAACUGUUUUUAUUACCAUAAGACAAACAAAACAAAAAACAAAACAAACAAAAAAAAAUCAUAAAAACUAAAGUUUUUGCAAUUUUUUUUUAUGUAUCAUAUUUGAUACUUUAGGCUUUAAAUGUCAUUAUCCUCCUGAGGCCCAGUAAUUCAUUUUUGUGUAGGACAUUUGUUAUUGAAGUUUUUCUACAGUGGUAAAUCUUGAGAGUUUGGUCAUGACAACUUCCUCUCCGUAGUCUAUAAAUAUGGACUGAAAUUUAUCACAGUACAAUUCAACAUAUCAAAUAAAAAUAUUUUAUUUAAAAAAAUAAUUAAAUCAAUAAAAUAAUAUAAUAUACAAAAUUUUAACCAAGCACAAGUUGCUUAUAUUCAGCAAAUACUCAUUUUAAAAUAUCAGUAACAAUAUAAUCAUUACUGUCACUUCAACUUUAUUAAAAUAAGCUGUCAUUUAUCCCAACAUAAGAGUCACUUUUCAUUUUAAAUAGAUCGAUAUAAUCAUUGAAACCACUUUUUUCACAAAUAACCACUAGAUGGUGCCAUAAACACGUGAAACUUACAUACCAUAAGUUGUUUGACUCGUCAGCUUGAACAGAGAGUGAAACAGGAGCCGUCAAACGCUGUGUAUCAUAUUUGAUACACACAGCGUUAUAGGGUUAAAAAUGAGUGUGUCCAAACUUUUGACUUUCAAACUUUUUUUUUCACUCUAUGCAUUUCAUAUUUUAUUUAAUUAAUAUUGAUGAAAAUCUAUUCAUUGAGAAAUGAUUAUAUUAGUUGUUUAAAUGUCUAAUAAUUGUAUGUCCUUCUCACUUUCUAGUGUUUUAAUGUUUGCGUUCUAUAAGUCUCAGUGUUUUGACAUUUCUUUUCAAUGUCAUUCAACUGUUCAAGAGCUGGUAUGAGAUGAAAACAACUCUUUAUCAUUUAGUUCCUGGUCAUCUCCUCCUGUUGCUUAAAUGUUUGUGGGCUUCCCUUAAGACAGCGACACACACAGACCUGUUGUAUAUGACAGAGUGUGUGUGCUUCAAAAAAUGAACAUAUAUCUUAUUUUAAGACUCCUACUGCUGGAAGGACAAAUGCUAUUUGGAGCAUUUAAGAGAAACCUCUGCCUCUGUGUUCAUGCUGCUUGGAUACUAGAUAAACUGAUUUAUACACUGUUACGUGACUGACCUGCGGCACAAUAUUACAGCAAAUGGUCAGGAUGAAACCCAGGAACCCUCUUCUCAUCUGGGACAAAAAGAAACUGGAUUUGCUCAGGCAUCAGUGCACCUGUCCCUGUCAACAUCGGCCUGACACGACACAAAAAACUCUCUAGACACCCUCUCUUCCUUCAGAUGUGUUUUAUUAUAGAUUUUUGGGGGAGUCGUCAAAGAAUAAUAUCUAAAUGCAAAGGUUUGUAGCAACAAGAAUUAAGAUUAUUAUUAUUAUUAUUAUUACAAAGAUUGAUAAUCAAUAUUUUAUGAAACAAGCACAUAUUUUACUGACUAGGAUUUGUUCAUUAUCUCUAAUGCUAUAUGAAGUUUAGGCUGUAUGUUUGUCAGGGUCUUUUGUUUAGUAAGAAAUACAGUAAAUCUGAGUUAAGGUCAAA